AUGGUGACUCGGUUUGGCUUGCCCAAAACCAUUAUCAUAGACAACGGGCCCCAGUUCGCCAAUAGAAGGUUCCGGGAGUUCUGCGCGAACCACGGAAUCCAGCUAAGGUUUAGCUCGGUGGUUUACCCUCAGACGAACGGGCUAGCAGAGGUGACCAAUCGAUCCAUCCUAGACGGGCUCAAAAGGAGAGUGUCCGCAGCCCGAUCGGCUUGGACGGACGAACUCCCGAGCGUCUUAUGGUCGCUACGCACCACUCCCAAGACCGCGACCGGAGAGUCCCCCUACAGCCUCGUGUUCGGAACUGAAGCUGUCCUCUUGCCCGAGGUAGCCAUUGCCACCCUUCGGACAGGAAGCUAUGACAAGGAAGUCUCGAACGAAGGACUUCGAGCCGCCCUCGACCUGUUGGAGGAGUAG